AUGAGCAAAGGUGUUAUAUUUUUGGGUGCCACCAACAGGAUGGACUUGUUGGAUCCUGCACUUCUUCGUCCGGGUCGGUUUGAUCGUAAGAUAAAAGUUAAACCUCCAAAUGCAAAAGGAAGACUGGAAAUCCUAAAAGUUCAUGCCCGUAAAGUGAAAUUAUCAGAUACUGUUGAUUUGUCUAGAUAUGCCAAUAAUUUGCAAGGAUGGUCGAGUGAAAAGCCAGCACAACUACUUAAAGAGGCUGCUCUUAUUGAGGGGGAGGAAAAGCACAACACAAUUUUGACGGAAGAUAUGGAGGAUCUAUGA